CUUCGAGAACCCAAAAUCAAGAAACAGUCAGGAGCAAUGCCGCUGGAAUUCACCAUUAACGGAAAGCCGUAUUCAGUUAAGACCGAAGACUACCCAGCGGACAUUACUCUAAAUACAUUUAUCCGUGAAUAUGCUAAGCUUUUUGGAACCAAAUUCUAUUGCUUUGAAGGAGGAUGUGGCUGCUGUACAGUAACUGUUCGAUUCAGGCAUCCAGUAACACAUCAAUAUCAAAGUCGAGGGGUGUACACGUGUCUGACACUUCUGAACAUAUGCCAUGGAUGGGAUAUAGUAACAAUCGAAGGUCUAGGCAAUCGCGCAGACGGCUAUCACCCUCUUCAAGAAAGACUAGCCCAUUUCAAUGGGUCCCAGUGUGGCUUCUGCUCCCCGGGAUUUAUCAUGCAGAUGUACAGUCUUCUAGAGGGCACUAAAGGAAAAAUUACAUCGAAGGAAAUUGAAAAUAGUUUUGGUGGCAACUUGUGCAGGUGUACAGGAUAUCGUCCAAUUCUCGACACUAUGAAAUCUUUCGCUUCGGAUUGCGAAUAUGAAUUCCUCGAAAACGAUAUUGAAGAUUUAAGAUUAUGUCCAAAAGUCGGGAAAGUUUGUGAUCGAAACUGUAAAAUUCCGAGAAAACUCCGGGUCGAUAGAACUCGUGCCUGGUACCACCCGCAAAGCCUGCCGGAAGUAUUCGACAUUUUAGAUAGCAUCAACGAUAGUCACUACAUGCUUGUUGCUGGCAAUACAUCACAAGGAAUAUAUAGAAGUCGAGAUAUCGAAAUUUUCAUCGAUGUAAAUAAUGUGACUGAGCUUCGUUCUUAUGAAGUAGGCAACGUGGUGGAAUUAGGAGGAAACAUGCCGCUAACAGAAGUAAUAGACGUGCUAAAAUCUACCUCGGAAUUGCGCGGGUUCGAGUAUUUUCGAGAACUUCUUAAGCAUUUAGAUGCGGUUGCAAGUGUACAGGUCCGAAAUGUAAGUAUAAUUUUGCUUGGGACAAUUGCCGGAAACUUGAUGAUAAAGUAUGAACAUAACGAAUUCGUGUCUGACAUCUUUGCGAUGCUGUUGACUGUCGAUGCUCGUAUUAUUAUAGCGAAUACUUCAUCACAUGUGUCGGUGACACUUCUUGAAUUUUUGAAUUUCAACAUGACACGUCAAAUAAUUGUCAAGAUAGUUCUACCACAAUGGGAUAAGGACACUACAAUGUACGGAACAUAUAAGAUCGAACCACGAGCACAACAUUCGCACGCAUUCGUAAAUGCUGGUUUCCUUUUCAGUGUCUCUGGAACAAAAAUCCUAACAUCGAGAGUUGUGUUCGGGGGAAUAAACUCUCAGUUUAACGAAUCAACUGCAACGAAAAGGUUUUUCAAAGGCCGAAACUUGUUUGAUCCCAGAACCUUCGCAGAAGCACUCAACAUUUUAAAUGCUGAACUCCGACCAGACUGGGUACUUCCAGCGCCAUCACCAGAAUAUCGGAAAAAAUUGGCACUUGGUCUAUUCUAUAAAUUUGUGAUAAAAAAUGCUCCACGAGGUUAUAUUGGGCGCAUUUAUCUAAGUGGUGGACAUUUUCCAAAGCGGCCUAUCUCGAGUGGUACCCAAUACUUCGAUACUAAAGAAGAAUUGUGGCCUGUAAACAAGCCAGUGCGAAAACUGGAAGCUGUGUGGCAAUGUUCUGGUGAAGCACAUUUUGCGAACGAUGCUCCACAUUUACCGGAUGAAGUUUGGGCGGCAUUUGUUCCAGCUACCAGAGUUCUAUCCACAGUUGCAAGCAUUGAUGCUUCCGAAGCACUAGCGAUGGAAGGUGUGAUUGCGUUCUACUCGGCAAAAGAUAUCCCAGGGACUAAUUCCUUUGUAGUAAUCGGGUUGUUUCAAAUCUUUGAGAAUGAAGAAUUGUUCUGCGCGGAUAUUGUCAGGUACCACUCGCAACCUGUUGGGAUUAUUUUAGCGAAAUCAAAUAAAAUGGCUCAAAUUGCAGCGACCAAAGUACAUAUUCUUUACGAGCAUAAUGAAAGGAAGAAAAUACUGACGCCAACUCUAAAGGAUGUAAUUGCAAAUGAGAGUGCGGUUUGCCAGGACGAUAGUGAGGAUGAGUUCGUCAAAGUAAAAGAGGACCAUCUAGUUGAAAAGCACUUAGGCAAAACUCGACGAAUUCGUGGGCAUUUUGAGCUAGAGGGACAAUUUCACUUCUCAAUUGAGUCCCAUACAACAAUCUGUAUUCCCCGUCAGAAUGGCCUGUUUUUGUAUUCAUCGACUCAACACAUGGACCACGUACAGGCCAGCAUCACUAAUACUUUGAACCUUCCAAGCAAUCGCAUCGAAAUUGAGGUUCGUCGGUUAGGGGGCAGUUUUGGUAGUAGGAUCUCCCGUUGCAAUCAUGUCGCAGUUGGUUGUGCCCUAGCGAGCUGGCUGUCAAACCGCCCAGUGCGAUUUGUUCAGAGCAUUGAAAAUAAUAUGAGAAUAUCUGGAAAAAGAUUUCCAUGUAUUUGCGAUUAUAUAUUGACUACUAACGAUAAAGGAAAAAUAAAAUCCUUCACACUUAAUUUUUACGAAGACAUGGGAACUACAGUCAACGAAAGCCCCAUCGAGAAUUUCACUAUCCCUACUGCCGCUAAUUGUUACAAUCGAACGGAUUCCUGGGUAAUCAAUGGGACUAAUGUCAUCACGGAUGCACCAUCCAACACAUGGUGUCGUGCCCCUGGGACUCUUGAAGGCAUUGCCAUGACUGAAAACGUAAUGGAGCACAUUGCAAGAGUGGUCAAAAUGGAUCCAGUAGAUGUCCGCCUCAACAACAUUCCAGACGGUAGUGACAUGAAAAAAUUAUUGCCAGAUUUCAUCAAGCAAACAGACUAUCGUCAGCGACGCAAAAAUAUAGACGUCUUCAAUGGAGAAAAUCGCUGGAGAAAGCGUGGGAUAGCGAUAUCACUUAUGCGGUACCCAAUUAUAUAUAUUGGUCAAAUGUCGGCUGCAGUAGCCAUAUAUCAUUAUGACGGCACGGUUCUAAUCAGCCAUGGUGGAAUUGAAAUGGGACAAGGAGUCAACACAAAAGCUGCUCAAGUUGCUGCUUAUACACUUGGAAUACCUCUAGAUAUGGUUACAGUAAAAGCGUCCAAUACAUUUGAUGGUGCUAACAGUCUAGUAUCUGGUGGGAGCGUUACAAGCGAGACGGUUUGUUUAGCCGUACGCAAAGCUUGCAAUCAACUACUUUCUCGUAUGAAGCCAAUUCGCGAUAAACUGUCAAACCCUACUUGGUUAGAACUGGUCCAAAAAAGUCACGAAGAGAAUAUUAACCUCUUCUCAAGACAAAUUCACAAAGCAGGAGAUUUACAAGGAUAUGAUGUAUGGGGGUUGGCUUGCACCGAGAUGGAGGUUGAUAUACUUACUGGGAAGUGGCAGAUAACACGCGCCGAUAUUGUGGAGGACACUGGUGAAAGCCUAAGCCCACUUAUUGAUGUAGGGCAAAUUGAAGGAGGAUUUGUCCAAGGUUUAGGUUAUUGGUUGACAGAGAAGCUGGUGUACGAUCGACAAACGGGCGAAUUAAAAACUUUCAAUACGUGGGAAUAUAAAGUGCCCGGCGCUAAGGACAUUCCGAUUGAUUUUCGUGUUAAGCUUCUUCAAAAUAGACCUAAUCCAUAUGGAUUUCUUCGUUCGAAAACAACUGGUGAAAUGGGAAUUUGUAUGUCGAUUUGUGCAGUGUUCGCUUUGAGACAUGCAUUGGACUCAGCCAGGAAUGAUGCAGGUAUCGAUGCAUGGUAUGAACUUGGUGCACCCACUACUAUCGAGGAUAUUGUUCUUGCUGCCGGCCACACAAAGGAUGAUUUCAAACUCAAUUCGUAGUUCUUUUUUUUAAGUUUGUUGCAAUAUAUUUCACGGAAAUUCACCAAGUUACCUAGACUUGACCUACGAAUGACCUGUUGGCUGCUUGGCGCAAACAACUGUGACUAACCUACCCAGGAAAGCGAACUGAAUUUGCAUAGGCUUUGAUUUUUUUCUAAUAAAGAAUUCUCUUAACAAAUACAUGCAAAU